AUGCUGUCCACUGAAAAGAAAAGCUCAAACUCAGAAGUUGAUGCUUCAAAUGCAACCAUCGAUGAGAAGAAGAGGAAAAGAAUGAUAUCGAAGCGAGAAUCUGCAAGGCUAUCACGGAUAAGGAGGCAAAAGAAGAUGGAGGACCUGAUCAAUGAGAAAGCUGAGUUAGAAAGAAAGCUGCAUGAAAAUAAUGAGAAUUAUACUGCUAAAUGGCAUUUUCUUUUUGCUCUUGAAUCUGAGAAUAAAGUUCUGGGAACUGAAGAGAUGGGAUUGAAACAGUAUUUGAAGUACUUGCACCAGAUUCUUGUCAACUAUAAAGAAACUGAGUCCAACAAUUAUCCUGAAGUUUGA